GAAGCUGUGUACUCUGUCCGCCUCUGUUUAUGAGUACAGAACAUAUUUGUACUACUGUAGAAGUUUCGUACCGUAGUUUCGUAUUCAGGGCAUUAUUAGUGGGGUUCCAUAAGCGUCUGCACAAGCCAUUCGUUUCUGUAUUCGCCUGAUAGCGCUACUCGACCAAUGUUCGAACAAGGGAAAACAGCUUCUGGGAGGAUGUUUGGCUUGAGGUCAUGGUGCAAAGGACCCUAGAGUGAAAUUACUCCGAACCAUCACUUUAAAUUUACUGGCCUUGCUCCCUGGUAAUGCUGUAAAGUGCAUUACUGGCAUCACGACCACUAGAUGGCAGUAUGGCAUCAUAUAUAAUCUGAUAGUGGUUUACAAAAAGAACCCUACAUUUCAGUAUACAAUAAGAACCCUACAUUUCAGUACAUGAAUUUGUGUUCAGAAAAUUAUUCAGGUUUGAUAGAUCUUAUUCUGUUAAGUGUUGUUAUAAGCAAUUUAAGUUUUAUGCUACUUUGUUGGUGUCUUGUUUUUGAGGCGAUAUCCAUGUUGCAUCACCAAAAAAGGCCCACAUCUCAGUGUUUCAGUGUCCGAUCAUGGGUGUUUUUCCCCAUCUCUCUCUCUCUCUCACACACACACACACACACACACACACACACACACACAAAACAUCAUGAUAAUAUUAGGCCUACUGCUCUAUAAACAAAGGAAAAAUCAUUAGUGUUCAGCUUAAGAAACAUUUAACAUUUAAGUGUAUAUUACACUAUUAAUGCCUCAGGGAAACACUCAAACAGAAAUAGGUCUUGUAGGGAUUUGGGAGGAAUAAUCCAUCAUAAUUUCUGCCAGAAUAACUAGAUCUGAAGUCUGACAUUACAUGUACACUUACAUUUAUUCAUUUAGCAGACGCUUUUAUCCAAAGCAACUUACAAAAGGAGAAUAGCAUUCAAGCUAGUGCAAAGCUGAAUGUCUGCUUCUGUCAAUUCUAUUACUAGAAUAUAUAGGGCUGACAUUAUAACUAGUCAAAGUGUGAUUUGAGGAGAAAGUGGAAGAAGAAGGAGGUAUAGGAGGGAAGAGAGGGAAGUGCAUGGUAGGUGACAUUCUUCUAUGGGCAUCUGUGAGUCUGCAUUCUUUUCCGAAGAAUGGUUCUCUUUUCUUUUAUCUAGAAAAAUACCACGAAAUCAGCACUCACAUGGUAAUCUGCUCUGGGACACAUGCAUGAAGAACAUGGAUGAGGCUACUUUAAUAUAAAAGUCACAGCUAAUCUCUGUUAAAGCCAUUCCGUGUGAUCAUGUAAUAAGUAAAGUUUAUGCUUCCAUUUAUCAUUUAUCUGUCAAUACAUACCCCUUAAAUAACUGGAUCUAGAAGAAAACUAUGUAAUUGGCUAACCAUUAGUUGGAUUUGAAAGCACCCAUGACCUUGGAAGUGAUCAUCCAGGCUACUAGGUGAAGGAUGCCAUACCCUGAUUCUGUAUAUGAAAUAUAUGGCAAAUUGUAAGGACACUUCAUACAAAUGAGCCCCAAAAUUGCAUUGCUACAGUGUGGAUCAUUCCUUGGUAGGGUAUACCAAUCAAAAUAAAAGGAUAUGACAACAGAUAGACGAAACGAUAUUUAUUCCAAUUUCACUGUUUAACAGUUCCAGCUGCCAGUUCCAACAUUUCCAGUUGUGGGUGGAGGAGUUGAUGAAGUCAUGAUUAUGAACAGAGUGUAUCACUAAAUUACUAAAUUCUAAAUUACAUCUGAGUAAUACAUAAUUUACAUGUUGGUGUCAAUGUAGUUCGUCUUGGCAGUACGUCUAAAUGAUACAUUGAAAAAAUAUAUUGUACUUUAUGCGUUUAGACAAAAGUAAGAGAUGGAAUUAUAGCGAUGUCAAAUAGGAUCGCCUAACAUAAAUCACCUUUAGGUUUGGGUGAAAUUUUCUAUCCUUAAAAUGCAACCCGAGGCAACACGCCCGCUCAUCCUGUUGAUUGCCUUCCUCCCAAUGCAUGUUACAGCUUUAAAUCUGAUCGACACAGACUUGUGCCACGUUACGCUACGGUGCAUUUUGUUCAAAAUCCGUCCGCUUUAAUUUCUCGGUAUGGGGACUAAAGAACUGUCUUUCCUAAGAGCGCUGAAGUACUUUUAGAGGAAGAACAACCAAUAUACUUAGAUAUAUUCUGUUGACCGCAGUUUCCUUUAAACAUAAAAACCCGGCAGAUUUGAUGAAGAGGCAUAGCUAAUUUUGCAGAAACGCCGUUUCCAUCCACGCAAAUAGAAUAAUGGGAGAGAAAUGAGAAGGAAAACAAAAGCGAAGCGAAUUCUUGAUUACGAAAAUGAAGAAGACGAGGAAGAGGACCAAAAACUGGAUGCCAUAUGUCACGGUCUCCAGAAACGAAGAAAACAAAUGUAUCCUGCCAAAGAGAAAGCAGAGGAAAAUUCAUCAUCCGCUGCGGGGCUCCAGAAGUUCAACAUUGGGGCCUCUGAGAUUGAUGGGGCCCCAGCCGAUCACCUCACAGACAGCGGUUCUCCAGAGGAAGCUGACUACUUGCAGUCCUACUCCAAGAUGGAGCUCAUUGCCAUGGUACUGUGCAUGCAGAGGGAAAUGGAGAACUUGAAAGAGCAAAUUCGGUGCCUUACAGCUUGUGGGAAGCUUGCCAGACAUCUUGAGGCCCUGAUUGAAAAGACCCAGAUGUGGUCAAAUAGGGACAGCAAGACCUCUGUCCCAGUGGUUCCCAGCAUGGCUAGUGUCCCAGUACAGAUAGAUACCACUGUCCCAACCCUGCUGACUACCCCAGCUGCCCUGAAUGGACAAUGGCCAAAGCAGGAGAGCCCACCCCAGAAGCUACAGGACUCUCCACAUAGGACCAGACUAUUCACAGAGUUCAUCACCCCUGAGUUGUUGGAGAGGUGCAACACCGGCACCACGGCUCAGAAGCUGACCAAUGACCUGCUGCGGGGGCUCUACGAGAGGGACUGCCUGGCCUCGCACUCCAUCUCUGGCGUGGUGUACAACAAGAGAGGCCAGCCCAAGCCGGCGCUGCCCACUGAGGAGGUGCAGGCCAUCCUGAGGACUGUCCAGUACUUUUUUCCUGGGAAGACGGACGCAGAGAUCAAGGGCUAUAUCCGGCAGAAGCUGCAGAACGAGGCGAAACGUCUGAGGAAGAAGCCCUCUCCAUCAGACCAUGAGGACUCUAGGGGUCCUGGACUGACCAGUCCCAGAGCAAGCAGUGUUAGCGUGAGUGUUACUGGGCAGAGGCCGAGCGUUGAUUGAUAAAUGGUUUUAGUGUCCUGUGUUCUCUAGGUGGUAGCCCGCAGAAAUGUUUAUGUGCCUACACUCUCCUUAAUAAAGUCACAGUCAACCUAAAGCAGUCUUUUGACUGUGCACGACUGUGAUGUUAUUGAAGUCAGAGCGGUGGUCCUGUGCAGUUACAGAAGUCUUCAUUUUGCAUUCACCUUGGCCUCUGGCUGGAGAAAGCCCAGCCAACAAUAGAUGUAGAGUUGAAUGUCGUCUGUAAAACGUUUCUUUUUUAAUAAUAUUUUCUAUUUAAGAGAUUAAUGGACAUGUAAUAAAUGUAAAAGACUGUCGUGUGAAAGCCACGUUAGAACUCAAGACAGUCACACAUACAUUGUAUUUUCAAUGUAUUUCUUAUUUGGCAGUGUACUCAGAUGUACUAUCAUGGUCCCAGACGAA